AACCGUAAAUCAAGAGAAGAAACAUCCCUUCCUCUUAAAGUCUUUCGUCAGGGACGAGUCAUGGCUAUUCUAAUCGCGUCGACAUGUGACUUAAACGGGUCAUCAGGGCUAACGAAUCAUUCAGGAAGAGAUCGGCGAUGCGGGAAAAGAAACAAUUCGCCAUCUGGACCGCCGAUGAUCUUAUAAGCCGGCGUCACAUAUUACAAGUGUGCGUUAUGAAACAAGAAGCGAACGCAUUGCGUUAUAUUGCGUGAUCAGUAGUCCGUGGAAUCGUGCGCACACGAUUUCAGUACAACGUAAAUUUUUUUCUGUCCUUCUUCGUAACGAAAGAACAACAACCCGAGGAAAGUGUGAUUAAAUCGUGAGUGCUCAUCGAAAUUCUAAUUAUUUUAAAAUAUCGCAUGCAAUAUCGGACGAUGGAUCACAUGCAACGUUGAAUAUAAGUCGUGCAAAUCGUGAUUAGACUCUGGCAAUUGAUAAAGCUUUUGUUUAGUUGAACGUUAAAAUUUUCAAAACACACAAGAAAAAUGAGACUGCAACUGCGACGAGCGGGAAUCGCGUUUAGCUUGAUAAUGCUGUUAGUUAUAUUUGAAUUUUGCACAAGUAACAACGCUACCUGGGCCAGCAACCGUGACAAGAAGAUGCGUAUAGUUAGGAAGUUAAGAAAGGACUUCCGAAAGUUAAAGAAGCAGGAGGGAGCAUUAAAGCUGACAGGAGGUGAAAACGGCGAACAUGAAGGAAACGUGGAAAUACUUCACGACGGGAAGUGGGGCAGUAUAUGCGACGACGAAUGGGACGACUUCGAGGCCAAUGUGGUUUGCAAGCAAUUAGGCUAUAACGGUGCAAUUAAAGCAACGACAUACGGCUACUUUGGUCAGGCUAGAAGUGAGAUGAGAUAUUUAGUAUUUUUUCAUUUUAAACCACUGUCUUUCACGGUCGAGCGCAACAGAAGAUAUUGGAUGGAUAACGUUUAUUGCGACGGAUCCGAGAUCGAACUUGCGAAAUGCCGUUUCGACGGAUGGGGCAUUUCCGACUGCGGUAGUAACGAAGCUGCCGGCGUCAUUUGCUCGCGCGAUGAGGAAACGAGAUCAUCGCCACCAAUUUCGCAAGAAAAGCCAGUAAAGACCAGACUAAAGGAUACAUAUCAGCAAGGCACGGCUCUACGAUUAUCCGGAGGACGCGUACAUUCCGAGGGUCGAGUGGAAAUUAAAUUGGGCAGUACAGAUUGGGGUGUCAUCUGCGGCGACAGUUGGUCCAUUCUCGAAGCCGCCGUGGUUUGCCGUCAAUUGGGCCUUGGUUACGCCUCUGACGCAGUACAGACUAAUUUCUUCGGCAAUGGGGAAAUCAUCCCAAUAUCAAUUAGCGGGGUACAGUGCAAUGGGAACGAGGGAAAUCUGGCAGAGUGUCUACAUGACAAGGUUGCAGAUUGUCCAGGGUCAACGGAGAACAUGGCAGGGGUGGUGUGUCAUCGGGAGAUGGCUGAUCUCGUGUUCGAUCACAUCGAAUUGAUGCGCACGGCGCAUUUGGAAGACCGUCAACUGUACUGGUUGCAAUGCGCAAUGGAGGAAAAUUGCGUGGCCUCGCAAGCCUACAAGAUGCAAAGCGAGUCUGAAAAUUGGCACCUGGAGACAAGACGACUGUUACGCUUCACCGCGAGAAUCUUAAAUGCGGGUACCGCGGAUUUCCGUCCGUCUGUGCCUAAACAUCUAUGGGAAUGGCACAUGUGUCAUAUGCAUUAUCAUUCGAUGGAAGUAUUCGCCACUUUCGACGUAAUCGAUUCGAGCGGCAAUAAAGUUGCCGAAGGUCAUAAAGCGUCCUUUUGCCUCGAAGACAAUCAAUGUAUACCCGAUGUUCAACCCAGAUACAAAUGCGCCAAUUACGGAGACCAAGGUAUUUCCGUUAAUUGCAGUGACAUUUACAAGCACAAUAUCGACUGCCAGUGGGUGGAUAUUUCCGAGCUCGAGCCAGGACAUUAUACGCUCAAGGUCGCGGUAAAUCCCGAAUUUAAAGUUGGUGAGAUGUCGUUCGAUAACAACGCGGCGAUCUGCCGCCUCCUUUAUACAGAAACUUUUGCAACUGUCCAUAGUUGCGUAAUGGGACGUCCUUGACAUGCAAUGUGUACACGAUUGCAGAGAUUUUUUUAGCUAGAUAGACAAUCUACAGGGUGAGAGAUUCAUGUCAAGCGCGUUGGCGUUAACUGGACAUGACGAACAAGAAACGAUACAUUGCGACCUUGCGAUAGAUUCGUGAAUAAAUUUCACAGUUCAAAAGUAGAAUUUCAAUUGGAAGUAAAGUACAUCAUGAAAUUUAAAAAAUGACAAUUUUUUUCUCCUGCGUUAAAAUGAAUGGAAACAGAAUUGCUGUUUUAAAAUUAUUACACUAGUU